AUGAAAUGGUCGAAGUGGACCCACUGGAUCAGCGGCCAAGUCUUCGAGGGCACCUGCGCCAAAGGCGUGGGCAGCGAUGUGUCCAAGCUCACCACCCACGGCACCGUGGAGUGUGGCACCGGGUCGGCGCUCCGGAAACUGGACUUCGCUCCUCGCAACGGCUGCGGCACUGGCAACACCCACCAGUACGUGUGGCAGUGCUCGGCCUUUAUUCAGACCCCCAACACGCAAUGCGUUCAGAAGGAGACCUCCUGCGCCUCCAUCACCGGGGAUUUGUCCAACUGGCGCCUGGACAAGUACCGCCUCGAGUGCCCGCAGCUCACGGCCCUCAAGAGCUUCAGGUUUGAGAGCUGCGGCGCCAGCAGCUACAAGUAUGUCUACACCUGCUGCUCCGUUCCCGGCAUGGGCGGCUGCGAGGUGCGUGAGACCGACUGGGCGGAGGGUGCUGGCGGCACUUUGGAGCAUUUGUCGGGGCACUCCAUGGCCUGCGAGCAGGGGGAAGCCAUGCGUGGCUUCGUGCUGGACUCCAAGGUGCCGGUGAGCAACCCGGGCCGCGGCGAGAUCCGCUACAUCUACGCCUGCUGCACGGUGCCGGUGGCUCUGCCCAUCUCGGUGGUGCAGACCAGCAGCCUCGCCGGCAGCUUCGACGCCUGGGAGGGAGGCUAUUGCCCCCAUGGCUCUGUGGAGGGCCGAUUGACCUUCAGCCAGGACAUGUCCUACCAGAGCUCCGCUGGUGCUGCCAGUGGGAACCUGCUUCAGUACGACAUGCACGCCGGGGAGUGGUGUGUGGCAGGCAUUUGCGUGGCCCAUGGGGUGGCGCACCCCAUCGAGCUGCCCAAAGAGCCCAACGCGGCCUUCCAGGUGUCCCCGAAUGCGCCGCUGAAUGGUGAGUACGAGGGCAAAGGGGUCAUGGACUACGAGGCUCCGCCUGCGGAGGAGGAGCAAGGCGGUGGGGACGGCGGCCUGUUGCCGGACCCCAGCAAGAAGAAGUCGCGGAAGAGCUUCCAACCCAGCGACUUCACGCUGGACACCAACUUCGUGAGCUCAGUGACCUUCACCCCUUGGAAGCCAACAGACUGCAGCGACACAGCGGCGCUUCCCACGGAGGGCCCGGCCACCGGGAGCCCCACGGACCGCUGCUACCUGGCCUUCUGCAAGGCCUCGCGAAACGCGUUGCGAAACGCCCAGUUCGCUUUGCUGGGCGUUGGUGACCGAAUCCAAAGGAACGCCAACGGCGUGGAGAACUUCGAUGGUACCCGGGGCCCUGUGGCAACGGCCAUCCAGCCGCGAGCUGAGGAGGGCACCAGCCUCCUCUCCCAAGAGGCCGUGGCGGAGGAGCACCCGUGCUACCACGCCUUCAACGACCAGACCAACAAACGCGAGCUGGGCGGCUCCAUCUGGGACAUCACGAACGCCGCCAAUGCCUACUCCCAGGCGGGAUUGAACGUGGAGAGCCUGUACUGGUGCAGCGCGCGGGACAUCGAGCGCACACGUCAGCUGGACAACCGCGACGGCGACGGCCAGCUGGUGGACGCUUUCUCAGACCUUGCCAGCGGCAUCGCUGACUUGGCCUGCGACGCCACGCCGGAGGGCAUGGCCAUCAUCGCGCCCAUGGGCGUGGGCGCGGGCAUGGCCUGGGACACCGAGGAGCUUUGUGACGACAUCACUGCGGCCAUCGGCACUGGGGUGGAGUUCAUCAACCACGUGGACCAGGCUGGCUGGACCUACAAGUUCGCCGCCAACGAUGCCGCAGACUGCAACCCGCUCCAGGAAGGCCUGCAGCGGAUCUACUGCGACCUCUACUGCAUCGAGGAUGCGGUGAGAAAGGGGGACCAGUCCAUCCUGGACACGCUGGGGAACAUGUACGAGAAGAUCAAGCUGACCACUAAGGAGAUGUUCGAUUUCUACAUCGCCCAGGUGUUGGGCAAGAUGGGGGUGCUGGAAGGCAGCAUGUUCGGCCGCUUUGAUGCCAUCAGCGACGAGAUCAUGAACCUCGAUGUGAAGGUGGGCGAUCAGGUGAACGUGAAGACGGGGGACCUGGACACGCAGCUGAAGGAUAUCAUCGCCAAGCUGAACAAGGACUUGGACGUGUCCACCGGCACCAUCGACGGCAAAGUGGAUUCCAUUGCCUCCGCGGUGGGUGCGUUGCAGGUGGAGUCCAUCCACUCGGUGAAGCAGAGCAUGCAGGGGUUGAUGAAGGACCUGCACAGACAAGUUCAGGGAGGGCAUUUGGACCAGAAGCUGGCGCUGCGGGAGCUGAAGCACCUGGACGCCUUCGCGCGCCAGCAGGCUCACGCCUUCCGCGGAAACGCCUCCGCCGGCAAUUUGCGUGCGGCGUCCGCGGCGCUGCACAAGCACACGCAGGGCGCGCGCCAACGCACAGGCUGGGCGCGCGGCAAGGCGCUGCCGCAGCGCGCGGCGGAGCAAAGCGAGGAGCACUUGAACCUGGUGGAGGACGUGCUUCACAGCUCCCGAAAGCACACGGACCUGAUGCGGCGCAAGGUGCAUGCGGGGCAAAAGAUGCAGCAGGAGUUGCGCCAAACCUUUGCCUCUCUGGCAGGCCUGAAGGUGACGGUCACGGCAGCGGAUGGAACGCCUAGUGAGCGGGAGCUCACUCCCGUGGACAAGUCCAGGAUCGAGAUCUUCAGGAACCUGUCAAAGUGGUGGCGGCGGGCUGGCAAACGCGGAAGAAGUGACCAAGAUGUAUUCCGACUAUACAAGGCCAAGUUCGGGGAUUAUCCGAGCCUUGAUGUCGAGCCAGCCAUGGACCAACUGGCGGCCAUCUCCCAGCUGGUCAAGAGCAACUCCUUGCCAUAUGUCGACUUCAGCGUGUUCGGCCCUCAUGGCUUACGGCAACUUCGCCGUGCCGUAUUCACCAGCUACACGCUGAAUGCUGCGACUGGAGAAUGGUCAAAGAAGGAGACGCCCGGCCCUGAUUCCAUUCAGGCCUGGGAGAGAUGCUUCAAGACGUACAGGGUGUCUCUGUUGUUAUUGGGAGUGGUGGACAGUGAGCGGCUCGAGAGCUACAUGGAGUUCAUUAAGUUCAUGGACAGGAUCCGCAGGUCCCUCAAUGAGUGCCCGCAGUUUGGAUACACCAAGGCGGCUCCUUGGUCAGCUGUCUUCGCCAUGGCCAUCCGCGAGGCAGAGUUUUGGUCGAAGGAGGUCAAGACCCCGGCCACGCUUUUGUUGGCCCGCAACAAAAGCCUGCCAGCCAGAGAAGACUCCGACUCGUCAGACGGCGGCCCGAAGCUUGGCGCAAAGGUCCGCAAGAAGGGCAAGGCCAAGUACCGCGGCGACAACAAGUCCAUUUUUGACAAAGGACUUGAGGAGCAGCUGGCGGAUCGAGAUCAGGAUCUGGUUGGAGGAAAGUGGGCAAGGACCUCGAUGCUGGCAGCGCUGCUCUGGCGCGUUUGGCUGAGUCUUCUGGGAUUCUUCAAUGUCGUGUUGCUCCUGCCGUGGUGGCGCGGCUGGGACGGCGACGGGUGGCAGUGGCAGGAUGAAGGAGCAGGCAGGCGCGGACGCUGGCAGAAUGAAGGUGACGAGGCAGACGAGUCCCGCCGCAAGGCGGCCAGACGAGUUCCGGAGCAAGGCGCGUGGCAGCAAGACUUUCCUGACGACGAGUUUGUCUACGGCUGCGUCCCGCUUGCGCUCACAGACCUUCCUCCGGGCCAGCAUUACCAAGAGGUGCGAACCCAAAUUGAGGACCUGGGCUGCAUGAUAAAGGUGAAGAAAAAGAAACAGCCGCACCUCUCCAGAGUCACGGUGAAAGGGCAGCACGCAAGGGAUGCUUGGAAGCUCUUCUGCGACUAUGUGGCGCAUCUUCUGCCAGGUCUGGAGUGGCGGCAGCUUCGACCACCGAGGAGGAAGCUACCCACUGAAGCCGCAGCAGGCGACAACGCCAAGGACGAAGACGAGGAGGGCGAGGAAGCAGAUUGGGAUCCGGAUGAGGAUAACGAUGGCCCGGCGCAUGCAGCUGCCAGUGCUGACGCAGGUCCGAGUUACGAGGCCACAGCGCCCCUGAGGACACAGGAGGUGCCGUUGGUGAAGCUUACCAGGGACGACUGCGGCAACAUCCGCGUUGAAGCAGACGGCCAAGCCCGUGUGAUACGCUCGCCCGGCGGUCCACCAACAAGGCCAGCCUGGGAGCUGGCGCAGCGGUGCGCCCAGGAGGCCAUGACUCAGCAUGGCCUGAGUCCCGAGCCAGAGAGGGUGAUCAAAGGCUGGCAGCUCCGAAAUGCACUGGCCAUCAACUUGGCCAUGUGUUUGGAGCAUCUGGGGCACAGUGUGCGGUUUUGCGUUGCCCUCUUCGACUCUGGCGCUGGUGGUGGUACCCCAGCGGAGGAAGCUGACUUUGGGGACACUGUCAGAUUUCUCAAGCAGCAUUUCAGUGAGCACUUGAGAAAUGGAAGUCUGGUUGUGAGUGCUGCCGGAAAACAAUUUUUCCAUUCAUCCCAGUGCAAGAAUGCUGCUCACAAACUGGCGCUGGUCACACCCUGGGAAACUGGGGCAGAGGCUGUGGACGGGUGGCUGCCAAAAAUACGGGCCACCCAACCACCGCGUGCCCCUGGAAACAACAGAGCCCACCUCCUUGUGAACUUGGACGCAGACAACAUUUUGAGCGCGGACUUCUGCAAGCAGCUUCUCUCGCGCGGGUGCGGGGUUGGGGCGCUGCUGCAAAACAACAGCAUUUGGGGCUUCAGAUGCGUUGGGGGCUCUGACUCGGGCUGCACUGGGCGCGUGGGGUGCCCCGACCACGCCUAUGUGGCCCUUGGGGGCUACGAUGAAGCCUUCCACCCGACGGGGUACCAGGACAUUGAUUUCUUCGAGAGGUUGAAGGCAGCAGGAACUGCCCGGGAGAACGUUAGGCUGCUGCGCUUCCAUUGUGGCUGGAGCAUUCCCAAUUCAACCGUUGCCAAGCGCGCCAAGAACGAGGCCAAGACAAGGUGGACCGGGUCGGCGACAAAGUGGGCAACCCAAAACUCUGAAAACCGGCAGGCUUCGCUAGCGGCCCUGAGUCAAGGGAGGUGGUGGAGAAACGCGCCAGGUGGUGAGAAGCCGCGGGGCGACAGUGCUUGCUGGCAGGUUAUUGAAGGCAUCGGCAACACAGACCCCGCUGAUCGUGGCAUGGUGCCAGUCAGGCUUGCCGCAGUGCCCCUGGGAGCCGGUGGUGGUACCCCGGCCCCAGCUGUGGCAGGCCCGCCUCCGAUGCCAAGUGGCGUAUCCAACGCUGGGCACGGGGGAGUUCCAGCCAGCGUGCCGGACGGCUUUCUCCCAGAAUGCCAGCUUCGCAUUAUCACAUGCGGGACAAGCAACUUGAGCAGCGUUUUGCCUGCUUUGUUGAAAGAGCGAGUCAGGGACCCGGCCGUCGUCACGGCCAUGCAAACUCUCAAAUCAGACAGUGCCCGGCACGCGGAUAUCUCAGAAGAAGCUUUGAUGGUCUGUUUGCGUGCGGUUCCUGGGCUCAUGGCCUUCGACGGCCCGGUCAUGUUUCUCGACUUGAGAGGCGCUCAUGACCCAGAGGGGGACCCACGCCUGAGGGACCACAUUGGCCUUCACCCGCAGAUCCUGCUCGGCGUGUCCAAGCACCCGGUCUUUGCUGAUUCUUUGCGGAGGGUGCGGCGAGUGGUCUUGGCCAGGUUUGUGAACGAACCCAUGGCCAGGCCGCACAUCACUGUCGUGGCGUACUGCCGCGGAGGCAACCACAGGUCAGUGGCAUUUGGUCACUUGCUGUGGCAUGUGACCAGUGACACUGCCAGGCAGUUCAUACGAUGUGCGCGGUUCGAUGUUUUAAACUUGACAGAAGGGGCGGGACUGUGGGCUACGCCUCGGCGCUGCGGGCCGUGUGCCAGCUGCAAGCACGUCAACCUCCCCUCCCGGUCCCAGUUGCAGCAGAGCUUGCAGAUGGCUUACCAAAAUGCUGUCUCCGUGUGGGCGACGCAGCUGUAA